AUGCAUUUCAGGUAUGCGACAAGUGUCGCCAUGUCCAACGCCGACUUGGUCAAUAAGGACUGUUGUUCGAAACCGCUUACUAUUAACGACAGCUUGUUAUGUGACCCGGCGGAACUGGACUACGAACCCUCGGAGCCGGACGUUAGCAAGGACAGUACCUCGUGCCAUGAUGACGGAGAAACGACCGGUAGCGCCGGUGAUCCUCAAACCGGCGGUGGCGGCGGCAAAGGUGGAGGCAGUGACGCUGAUACUGUAAGUAAAAGCAAAGAGUUGGAAGACGGAGAGAUCGACGAUUCGGAAGAAGGUGAGGUGGAUAAGGAAGAAAACAGCAAACGCAUAUCCUCCUCUGCGUUAUCUCCUAACGAACGCUUUUUGGAUGAAAUCGUUGAUCGCACCGACGUUCGCCCGGAAGACCUGGGUAUUUGUAAAUUUUUCAUCCGCGGUCAGUGCACGUGGGGCAACUAUUGCAAGUUCCUGCAUCCAGGUCUGAACGAAAGAGAUUUGUCUGAACCAUCGUCCAACAAAUAUCCUUCGAAGCGGCAUGCAAGCGAGUAUAUUGAAGCGAACGAACAGGAUGGAAAGGUCAAGCCACAAAGCGAGUUCAGAGGGUCGGUCAGUGCAGCUGAGUCCGCUUGGGAACGAGGCGUGAAAAGGGCACGAGAACGAAUGAAAAUAGCUACGGCGAAGAAGCUGGGAAUAACAGAUGCGUUUGAGAGUUGUGAAACAGUGGCCGUCAGCGAAUCGACCACUUCCAGCAACCUUGUUGAAAGCCGUUUGUCUUCCAUGCCGGAAGAACUGUCGGCUCACCGUCGUGUGAUAAAUCUCGCGCCAUUGACGGUAGCUUUGGAGGUGGAAGAACUAGCCGCACUCCAGAACAUAUCGGCUUUCGGCCUAAUCGUCGGUCCCCGAGACAUCCACCAAAGGAAAAUAACACCGCUCGUCGUCGGUCGAGGUCUCGUCACUCAGUGUCACGUCGUUCCCGCAGGCGUAGUCUACGCGAUGAAUCGUACUCGCCGAAAGACAGCAAAGAUCGACCUCUGCCCUACGACCGCCCUUCAUAUCAUACCGGGUCAGAAUGGCGCGAUCCAUGGCGUCGUUCUCCAUCGUUCACGAGGUCUCGCAAACGCAGCAAAGUUUCGCCGUUGCGUUCAGGUUCGUGUGUGUCGCUGUUUUUAUUUCUGUACUCUGUAACU